UGAAUAACGAUGGAUAUAAAGUCGUGGGUUUUCACUCUCGUAAUAGCGCACCUCGACUUUGAGGCACACGUCUUUUCGUGUGUAAACCCGCCGACGACAAUAUGCGCGUAGGUCACUCCAUACUACCGCUCCUGCUCGCGGCUUCUAGUAGCGCGCAUCGCGCCGAAUCCAUCUCACGUCGUGACCUCAACAGCACUGUGAAGAUCGGCGAAAAUGCCACCCCAAGGCGGUUCAUCGUCGAGCUGAAGUCGCGUGCGCACAGAGCCCACGUCUCGGCUAAGGUUACGGGACUCCCCGGGCUCCGCGUUGUGAAGGAGUUCGACUCGGAUCUCUUCCCGGGGGUGAGCAUAGAGUGUGCAAGUCACUGCAGCGCCGAGUCGCUCACAGACGCUCUUGACGCCGAUGAAGAUGGCCCUGUCGUAGCAUCAGUUUACAGAUCGACUGUCGUACGUCUCUUGCCACCCGCAAUAGAAGGCGAGUCGUUUAGCAGCGAUGCAGCUGCUGCUAAUUACUCGGUACAUGGCUCGACAGGUGUAGAGAAGCUACACCAAGCCGGAAUCAUUGGCGAGGGUGCGAUUAUAGCUGUCGUCGAUAGUGGCGUCCAAUAUACCCAUCCCGCGCUCGGUGGAGGCAUUGGUCCAAACUAUACAGUGAUUGGCGGUUAUGAUCUUGUUGGCAGCGCAUGGCCUGACGUACCAGCCGAGCCUGACAACGAUCCGAUGGACGAAUAUGGCCACGGCACCCACGUCGCUGGAAUAAUCGCAGGGAAGAGUGACCAAUUUGUUGGUGUUGCUCCAGGUGCCAAAUUACUCUCCUUCAAAGUCUUCGGAAACAGUGGCUACUCAAACGAAGAGACGGUCAUCGAAGGGUUCCUCAAGGCCUUCGACUCGGGAGCUGAUAUCAUUAGCGCAAGUCUCGGAGAGAAUAGCGGCUUCACCUCCAACGCUUGGGCCGUGCUGGCUUCGAGGAUGGUCGAGCAAGGUGUAGUUAUUUCUAUUGCUGCAGGAAAUGAAGGCGAGGAUGGCCCAUUUGAUGCUAGCAAUGGUGCGUCGGGGAAAAACGUCCUUACUGUAGGAGCUGCCGAACCCGGGGUAUUCCCCUCCCAGGCUUUUUCAGCGGAUUUUAAAUUGGACGGCCAGUCAAACAAGACACAAAUUGCUUACAUACCCUCGUCCGACUUUUUCCCUAAUACCAUCCUCGGCUGGCCUAUCAAACCGGUGUCGUUCAACUCGUCAGUAGAGGAUGAUGCCUGCAGCCCACUGCCGUCUAACACCACCAGCUUCGAUGGGACUGUCGCCCUGGCUAGAAUUGGAGGGUGUGAAAUUUCCGUUAAGUAUACCAACAUUGCAGCCUUCGGUGCACGAUACGUCUUAUUCUACAAUGAUGAUAGACCGUACCAAACUGUAUAUACCAGCAAUACCACCGGCCUCAUAGCAGCCAUAGAGGCUCGCUCGGGUAAGGCAAUCGUUGACGCGGUCGCCGCAGGCGUCGAGGUUACGGCGUCGUUUGACGUCGAUACCGCCCACUAUGUCGGCCUUUACAAUUCAGGUGGCGGCCGUCCAGCGCGAUACACGUCCUGGGGAGGAACAUACGACCUUGCACUCAAGCCGGAUAUUGCCGCCCCGGGUACCAAGAUCCUUUCUACUUAUCCAACCGACAAGUACCAAGUACUUAGCGGCUCGAGCAUGGCCACUCCAUAUAUUGCUGGCGUAGCCGCUCUAUGGGUAGGAAAGUUCGGUGGACGAGCUGCUCACCCAGAUGAUCCUACGUGGGCCAAGCGACUUACCGCCAGAAUUAUGGGCACCGCACGCGCUGUUCCCUGGGCUGACUGGUCUACAAGCGCUACUGACUACGGGUUCUGGGCACCUACUACACAAGUUGGUGCUGGGUUUGUUGACGCCGAGCGCGUGUUAGAAUAUUCUACAGAGCUUGGGUUCGAGGGCCGCAAAUUUGAGCUUAAAGACACAGCUCACUUUGCCGGUACGCAUUCGGUUGACAUCACCAAUCACGGGAACAAGCCUAUCACGUAUACGUUUUCGCUCCAGGAUGCUGGCGGCUACGAUUCGUGGAAGCCGAUUGUACCGGGCCACCCACAAUCAUUUAUUCCUGGACUUAAGCUCUACCCAGAGGUGAACCCGGUAGAGAUGACCCCUAAGGUUUCAUUCCCCAAGGGCGAUUUCACUGUUGCUCCUGGAGAGAAGAAAACAGCAGAAUUUAUUUUCACCGCCCCCGAAAGACUCAACGCUAGCAGCCUACCCGUUUACAGCGGCAAGAUCCUAAUAAGCGGCGAUAAUGGCGAGCAACUCGGCGUUCCUUACUUUGGUGUUGGUUGCGACCUCAACCAGACCAUCACCAAUAUCUGGGACUAUGGUAAUAGCUACCCUUGGUUGACAUCUGGGAUCUCGGACAAUAGAAUCCAGCAGAAGCCCAACUUUACUUUCAACUUAUCCCGCGAUGCGCAAGAUUUCCCCAAGCUUAAUACUAUGUUCGCCUGGGGUACGGAAGAGUUACGCUGGGAUAUCUUCAACGAAGAUUAUACCGAAUCCGACUGGGUAUACCCACCUCAGGUCGGUAAGAGUAAAUAUGUCGGAGCGGCCACAUAUUGGAACGGCACGGCAAAUUCUCAGUGGUUCGAUCCAGCCCAAGACAGCGAGGAUGAUAUCUUUUCUUUCCCGAUGUAUGACCAGCCGCGCGAUAAAUGGGGAAUCUACUACUGGCUAGGACGGUUUGCUAACGGAUCGAGUAUUGAGCCCGGGUCUUAUAGGUUCCGCAUCGCUACUCUGAGGCCGUUGGGUGAUCCUCAGGUAUCAUACGAUUGGGACAUUUGGGAGACGCCAAAGGUUACGGUCCUACCGCUAGCGAGGACAAAUACAUCGACUUCGGGAUAGCCCGUUUCUUAUUAUAAUUUACACUAGGUAAAUUGGACGGUAUCACGAUAUCGAUGAAAUAAAAAAUGGCCUUAAAAAGAACGAAGUGCGUUAGG